CUUUUCUCGUUUAGUGUGGAGCGACUAGCACCCAACGAGGUGAGGCCUGGAUGAAUUAUCUUUUAAAACGCUUUAAUUAGUGUCCUACCCAGAUUUUUGCGUGAAAUAUAGGUAGCGUGGUUUGUUAACAAAACGUUGUAGUGGUAAAAAGUGACAAAAAGGCUCAAAGGUCGCCAUUUUAUGAGAGUUGUUGGAACCUCGUGUACCACAUGAUAUCAGUCGUUAGCCUUGUUAGCCAUAAGUAGCCAGCAGAACACCGUGCAAGUUGUUCACUGUCUGCUGCCGUACUUGAAAAUCAACAGAAACCCUUGACGCAUCUAUUGUAAUCACAAUGCAGCUUUUCCUGCGCGCCCAGAACACACACACCCUCGAGGUGACCGGACAGGAGACUGUCCAGGACCUCAAGGCUCAUGUCCAGACCCUGGAGGGCAUCUCGGUAGAGGACCAGGUGCUGCUGCUGGCUGGUGCCCCUCUGGAGGACAGCACCGCCCUGGUGGACUGUGGCGUCACUGAACACAGCACCCUCGACGUGGUCGCCAGGCUCCUGGGAGGUAAAGUCCACGGUUCCCUGGCCCGUGCCGGCAAAGUGAGAGGACAGACCCCCAAAGUGGACAAGCAAGAGAAGAAGAAGAAGAAGACGGGCCGUGCCAAGCGCCGCAUCCAGUACAACAGGCGCUUCGUGAACGUAGUGCCCACCUUCGGCAAGAAGAAGGGCCCCAACGCCAACUCCUAAUUGACUAAUUGGCUCUCGUAGACCUUGUUAGUUCACUAUGGAGAACACGACCAAACCCCUUUCCACAAUAAACAUCUAAUUUGGAAUUA